CCCAGUUCCCACUGCUCACCUCACUGAGUCACUCCCCAACGAAAACACCUGUCCACACUUCUUCCCGACACGCCGAAUAGACCGCCAGCCACCCACACAUAUCCAAAGGGCCAAAAGCACCUGCGUCGGCGCCCUCAUCGCGACAAAACCCGAGAGCGGCGGUGACUGUGAGCGAAGAAAGAAAGAAAGAAAGAAAGAAAGGAAUCAGGGACCGGAGAUAUCACAUUUAUCACCGGCUUCUUCUGUUCCUAGCUAGACCCAGGAAGGGAAAGGAACCGCACAUUCGGAAAGCAAACCCACGUCUACUAGCUGCUAUGGGAUCUGGUGCUGGAAGCUUCCUCAAGGUUCUUCUCAAGAACUUUGAUGUUCUUGCUGGGCCUGUUGUCAGUCUCCUUUAUCCUCUGUACGCUUCGAUCCGGGCUAUAGAGACCAAAUCUCAGAAUGAUGAUCGCCAAUGGCUCACCUAUUGGGUUCUCUACUCUAUGAUCACACUCUUGGAGCUCACCUUCGCAAGGGUUAUUGAAUGGAUACCCAUCUGGUCCUAUGUAAAGCUCAUUUUCACUUGCUGGUUGGUGCUACCGUACUUCAGUGGCGCUGCUUAUGUUUAUGAGCACUUUCUGAGGCCACUCUUCCUCAACCCGCAACAAACCAUAAACAUAUGGUAUGUCCCAAGGAAGAAGGACGUGUUCACUGAGAAAGAAGAUAUCCUGACUGCCGCCGAGAAAUACAUCCAAGAGCAUGGCACAGAGGCGUUUGAGACUCUCAUCCACAGGGAUAAAUCCAGGAGCACCACCGGUUACUCGAUAUUCGACCAUCCUGAAGACGACUACAGAUAUUGAUUGUCCCAUUUGCACCACCUGAUACCCAGACCACGGGAGCUGUUGUCAAGCUGUAGUCCAGCUUGUUAGGUUUCUUAAAUCACUGUGUAAAUGUGGUGAUUUGUUGUUGUAGAGAGUAAUUAGCAGCAAGCUCUGUAGGUUGAAUGAUAUGACCCUUUGCUUUCCGUAUCUGAACCUUGCGCACAUAAAUCAACUAAGAAGGCAGGGUGCUUGCUUGUCUCGGCCUCCCAACCCACUGCUGUGACCAAGGUUGUUAACCCGCGGGUCGACCCGGGUUGGCCCGGACCCGCCCUAAAAAACGGGCCAUAGUAACCUUUUGACUAUCAGCCCGGAUUUGGUCAAACUCGGUCAAACACGGCGAAAUCCGGGUGGUUAGCCUGUCCCAGCGAGUCAAAGGGUCGCUUCUCUUGAGGUGUUGUUUCAGGCUGUGCGGCGUCGCUUCGCUGGGAGAAGGCGAGAAGUAGAGCAGGGGUAUGGAAACGAAAGAAAACCCUACAUUUUCUUCUUGAUCUCCCACUCUUGCAGCCGUUGUCUCCCGCAGCCGCAGCCGCAGCCGCUCGAUCGCAUCGCCAGACAAGGGUGUUUUCCCUUCAUCGGCGGCGCGCUACAGGCCGCCGGCAAGAGUCUUCUCCCUUCAGCCUACACAGCUUGGCCGCCCCUGCCUCUGCCUCUGCCUCGAGCACCCUCAAGCAGGGAAUAAAGAACGAUAGCCGCA